AUGGAACCUUACAACGCAUUCCCUUAUACGAAGGGCAACACACUCCGCGUAUUCUCACAUGUUGCUCCUGCCCCAACGCCAGUAACAAGAAAUUGUGGUCGUAAUGGACGGAUUGGAAGAGAAGAACCAGAUCGGCUUACUCCUUUGCAAAGAUGCAUGAAAAACCCCCCUCUUCCUGGCAUUAUGGGAUCUCAAUCCGUCAAUCUAGAGAUAGUUGAUCAUCUAAAAGUCGGUGAUUAUCAUAACGCGCAAGUCUUUGUCGCCAAAAUGCAUGAAAUUGGGGCUACCGAUCCUCAAAAGAAUGUCGUGGUCAAAGUGUAUGAUCCUCUCUACUUUGACGAUAUGGAAGGAUAUCUCAAUCCUUUUCUAUGUGUGGACAAACACUAUACUCAUGAGGUGCAUGCAUAUACGUUACUUGCGGAUCUUCAAGGAAGCCUUAUCCCAAAGUUUUAUUGGUCAUUUUUGCUAGAAAUCCCAUUGCCAGGGUCCGAAACACGCGUUGUCCGACUGAUCGUGAUUGAUUACAUUCCUGGAUUAUCCAUGCUGCAAGCUCAUCCAGAGGAUUACCCUUCACAUUCCCGUCAGCAAAUCAUGAAAUCGGUAAUAGACUUCGAAAGUCGAGUUUUCCAACGUGACAUCGUACUCACCGAUUUGUGCCCGAGAAAUGCGAUGUUACUUGACCCUUCUAACUCUCCACAAAGGAUGAUCGUCUUCCUGGACUUUGGAGGGGCGAUUUUUGGUCGCACGCUAGACGAGCCUAUGGCAAAAAAACUUAAAUCUAUUGCUUGGCCCUGGAUUGAAGCUGAAUAUGCUCAUGAAGCCACGUCUGUCACCCAGGAAAUGAGGGAUAAGUACUGCCGACGCCGCCCCAUUUGA